AUGAACGACAACUCUGAAAACAAUCCUCCCGAGGGCACAGAACAAGGCCAAGGAGCCGAAGAAACCCAGUCUGCAGCAGGCGGCGGCAGCGGCGGCGGCUCAUGGGCAUCCAAGCCCGAAAACUUGGGUAACAAGGCGGGCGAAAAGAUCGAAAACACCCUGUCCCCCGUCGGCAACGUCAUGGGCAAAGGAUUCGAGACCAUCGGCGGCCCGGUCAAGGGCAUCGUCGAUCCCACUGUCGGUGGCCUCAUGAGAGCAGGCAAGGGCUGGGGAGAUCAGCUCGGCGUGGGCUACGGGAACCACGAAGGUGGCCCGGCCAAACAAGAGGAGGCCGAGGGACAGAGAAUGAAGGAGCCGUUUGGAGGCAAGGAGCAGAAUGCAGAUAACCCCUUGGGCCUGUGA